GACAUUUAACAGCUGUCAAAUCAGUCCUUGUCUGUUUUUGUAGGAAGCGAAGCGUUUUAUCUGUGUAUACGCUCUUAUCAGAGUUAAAUACACGAAUUGAAAUAGUCAGGAACUGAAAUGCGUGCCUCUGAAUCAAAAUCCGCCGAUAACCACACAAAUCAUGUUACAGUUUGACACGACGUUAAAAUGUGUGUGAGUAGCGUUCUCAUGAUUUAACAUGUUUAUCAAACCCCAAGAAGUCCUUUUAGCUAGCCCUUUUUGGGAAACUGAAGAAACAUCAAUUUACUUCUUACUGCAACAUCGAAAGGGACAUGGGGGCUCCAAGGGCUUGUCAUCGCUUCUUGUCGGCACCAUCGAUAGUAUUUUUGACACCAAGCCUGCACCUUAUAGGAUUUUGCACCAGACUCCUUCGUCUGAAGUUUAUUACUUAAUAGCAUGCUCGAUGACAAGACAAGAAAUCCUGAAGGAUUGGGAAUGGUUGUUUAAUAACGUUUCUGCGACCUUGCAUUGUUUUGAUAAUGAGGAAGAGAUAACGGACUUUGUCUCUUGUAAAAUUGAAUCUGUGAUUGCUACACGCCAAGAAGUGGACGUUGAAGGAAUUUUUACAAGAGCCAGAUUUUUUCUUGCAGAUGAAGACUCGAAAUCUUUUAAAGUCACGUCGGACAAAUUCAUUCGUCUUUUUGGCCUAUCUAAAGACGAAAAACUCGUCAACUAUUACUCAUGUAGCUAUUGGAAGGGUAAGCUUCCUAGGCAGGGAUGGAUGUAUCUAUCUGUGCAUUAUUGUUGCUUCUACGCUUUCAUCUUAGGUUUAGACACCAAAGUAUGCAUAAGAUGGUCAGAUGUAAUCGAAUUAAGUAAGAAAAACAGUAUCGUAUUUCCCGAUUCCAUAAAAAUAGCAACUAGAGAAAAAGAGUACCAUUUUAGUAUGUUCCUUACGAAAAACGAGACGUUUAAACUGAUGGAACAAUUAGUCGACCUGGCCAUGAAAAGAUUAAUCGAUGAUAAAAGAAGCUUCAGUGAGGACAAAGAACUCUUACACAAACUAAGCAAAAACGUUCCAAAAAAGGCGUCUUUUCUCAAACGAGACCUGGAUGCGCGCGCACAAUCCGACGCUUACAAACUCAUGUUUCGGCUACCCUCCGUCGAGAAACUCGACGGAUCAAUCGAUUGCACUUUAAUGACCCCGUAUAACAAAAAACACGUCGCAGGUCGCCUAUUUUUGUCGCAAAAUUAUAUCUGUUUCGAAAGUAGGGUGAAGUCACAAGUCAGCCUAGUCAUACCUUUACGUGACGUCAAACUCGCCGAAAAGAUCGAAAACAACGCGUCCAGUCAGAGUCUGGACAAGGCAAUCAUAGUAACGACCCGAAACGAAAUCAACAAAACCAAUUUUAUUUUCGCCCAAAUUCUGGACAGGGAUUUUCUCGUGGAAAAGUUGUGCGAACUGCUCGCCAAAACCCAGACCCCGAACAGCUGCGAUUCGUUGAGCACGAAAAGCGGGAGUUCGGGGGAUGCACCGGGGGUUGUGGAGGUGACGCCGUGGAAGUGUCAACCGGCGUUGAUGACAGUGUUCCCGUUGAGUCCGAUUCCCGAGGUACAUAAGAAGCAGCAGUUCAAAGGGAAGGAGUGGGAGCUGCAUUUUAACACAUAUGGAAGAGGGGUGUCUAUGUAUAGGACUACCGAAGUGGCGAAGCUGGUUCUUCAGGGAAUCCCUGACUAUCUCCGGAUGGAUAUUUGGAUGUCGUUUUCAGGUGCAGCUAACGAAAAACUAAGUCAUCCCGGUUAUUACCGGUCCCUGGUGGACAAAGCGCUUCUUCAGCGCUCCACCGCGAACGACGAAAUCGAGCGCGAUCUUCACCGUUCCCUUCCCGAGCAUCCCGCUUUCCAGAACUCGGUGGGCAUCGACGCCCUGCGUCGCGUUUUGUGCGCCUACGCCCUACACAACCCGAGCAUAGGUUACUGUCAAGCUAUGAACAUAGUCGCAUCCGUCCUUUUAAUCUACUGCUCGGAAGAAGAAGCCUUUUGGUUGCUCGCUACCCUGUGCGAAAAUCUCCUACCCGACUACUACAACACUAGAGUGGUCGGGGCUGUCGUGGACCAAGGAAUCCUAGACGAUCUAACCGCCGAACACUUACCGAGUUUACACGAUAAGUUGAACCAGUUAGGAAUGACCAACAUGAUCUCAUUGUCGUGGUUCCUGACGAUAUAUUUAUGCGUUAUGCCUUACGAAAGUGCUGUUAAUGUGAUGGAUUGUUUCUUUUACGAUGGUGCUAAAGUUAUUUUUCAAGUUGCGUUGAUGUUGUUGGAGUGGAAUCAGGAGAAAUUGCUGGCUUGUAGAGACGAAGGCGAAGCGAUGCAGUUGUUGGCGGAUUAUUUGAUGGGGGUUUACAACGACGAAGGUCGGGGUGCUAUUAGGAAUAAGAACUACGAUGAACAAAAAAGGAGUAUUUCCGUGCAAACGUUAGUUUAUGAAGCGUACGUGAAGUACGGGUUUUUGACGACGGGGCAGAUCGAACGACUGCGCCUGAAACACAGGCUUAAGGUCGUUCAAGAUUUGGAAGAUACGUCGGAGAGGAACGUCAUCAGGUGUGUGAUAGGUGAUGGCUACUUCACCCAACAAGAGUUACAGGAACUUUUGAGUUUAGUCAGGGAAGAAAUUCUAAGUCAGAAGAAACACAUACCUGAAAGACAUGACCCAUCGUUGCAACCAUACGAGGCCUACAAAGUUGACUUUGACUAUUUUAAGAUACUUUUUGCUGCGUUGUCACCGUGGGGUAAGGGGGAGAAUACCGAAUCAUUAGCCGCACGAAUAUUUUCAUUGUUAGAUACCAAUCACGACGGAUACCUCAAUUUUCGAGAACUAGUGGCCGCUAUAGGUUUAACGUCGACGGCAGAUCCGGCUCAAAGACUGAAACUGCUAUACACCAUACACCUGCCACCGCUUUUGUGUAUGUCGGACAUCGAAUCGCCCGUCAAAAACGAACACGGCGCUGAAAUAGCGUCCGAAGCCACCGACUUCUUUGACAGCGUGGAACAAAGUGUCAACAAUGUAGAUUCCUUGAGUUUACACUCGGAGGAACCGUCGACGCCCACCACGUCAUACACGUGGCAGAAGUCGUUUGAAUCUCAAUCUUCUAUGGAUAACUCGUUUGCUAGUAAUAACGGAGCGGGGGAGAUGAACUGGGAAAUCAAGAGUUUGACCAAUCUUCGCAAUUUGGUUCAGUCGAAAGAUAGCAAAAUUAAUUUAAAAGCGGUACCGAAAAUGACGCAGCACCACUUCAUUACGUUGUGGAAGACGGUGUACGAUAUUUUUCAGACGGAACCGGAAGACCAGGAGACGUAUCAUGCGAUUGCCAACGUUGGAACGUUGUUGUUAGAGCUAGGGGAUGUCGGGAAACAGUUCUUUAUCAAUCGGGACGAAUCGGAUGAUAGUUUGGUGUCAGCGGCGGCUGCCUACAACCCAGGAACCGUAGAUGGGUUGCAGUCGCCUGAUAAAAACGGGAAUCCCCUGACCCCAAAAACCGAGAUUCAAUGGUACAUCACAGUGGAGCAAUUUCUAGCGUCUGUGCUCAACGCACAGCCUCUAGUCGACUUUUUCUCGAAACGAACAUCACCCGUUGAGAGUAUCCAACAACUUAAAGGUAGAAGAUACACGAGAUACAAUUCGUUUUAUGAGGUACCUGCUAUGAAAGUUUAAUUCAUGGGUUUAAAUUUUAUCGUGGAUUUACCUAUAUUUUUUAUUGAAAUUUUAUUUCUUUUUAUAGUCUUGUAUGAAUGUAAAUAUCCCACUACAGUCUAUGUUUAUUUUGUAUUCUAGUGUAACCUAGUGCAAUGUUUCGCUAUAUUGUUAUGAACGUAAAAAAUAAAUAUCUUUGCUAAAGCGUC